AUGAAAGAACCCACGCGCAAGCUGAGAUACAACGUUGCCACUUCGGUGGAUGGCUUCAUUGCGCCCCCCGAUGGGUCUACGGACUGGAUUGUGAUGGACUCGAACAUCGACUUCGACGCGCUGUAUGCACAAUUCGAUGCGUUCCUGAUGGGCCGCAAGACGUACGAGUGCAUGUUCGCCAUGGGCGAGCAGAACCCUUUGCGAAAACAACCAAAAGAAAAUCUCACCGUCUUCAGUCGCACCCUGAAAACGGAAGAUCAUCCCGCCGUGACGGUCGUGUCGAAGGAUGUCAUCGGGCACGUGGCGGAGUUGAAGAAUGGCGAGGGCCGGGACAUUUGGCUGAUGGGCGGGGGCGAGCUAGCGGGCUUGUGCCUGAAGGCCGGAAUGCUAGAUGCGGUGGAGGCGGCGAUCAUGCCGGUCAUGUUGGGGAAGGGGACGCGGAUGCUUGAGGAGGCAUCGCUGAUGCCCCACGGCGGAUUCAAGUUGGAGAUGGUGGAGAGCAGACAUCUGGACGCGAGCGGGAUCGUUAUGUGCAACAAUCAACAGACGGUUCUCAUCGUAGGUGGCACCGGUAAAGUUGGCCGGCAAAUCACCAAGCUUCUGGCCAACACCGAUACCCCCACCUACCAGUCCUCCCGGAGCGGCGCAUCCACCACGGAGCCGGGGGCCGAAAAUGUCAAGCCGAUCGCCUUCGACUGGACCGAUGAGAAGACAUGGGCCGCGGCCUUGAAGUCCGGCGCAACAAGCGUCUUCCUCGUAGCGCCGCCCGUGCUCGACAUGCUGCCCCCAAUGCAGUCCUUUAUUGACCAGGCACGGCUGGCUGGAAAGGCCAAGCGCUUCAUUCUCUUAAGUGGAAGUCCGAUGGAGGCAGAUAUCAAUGGCCAGGGGAUGAGUCGGCCGCAUGCGUACCUGAAGGAGCUUGGUGACAGGGGUGAGGUGGAAUGGGCCGCGCUGCGACCGACAUGGUUCCAACGUGGGUACAAGUCAACUGAAAAAGAUGAGAUGGGUGCUAAUGAAAUGGCAGAGAACUUUGCUGAACAGCUGAAUCACAUUAAUUCCAUCAAGGACGAAAGCACUGUCUACUCCGCCACCGCAGACGGAAAGAUUCCAUGGAUCGCGACCGAGGAUAUUGCUGCGUGCGCAUUCCAGCUGCUUCUCCAAGAUGACGCACCCAACGACGAAUAUCUACUGUUGGGGUCGGAGCUACUAAGUUACGAUGACGUAUGUGUUCAGCAGACUCGUCGGCAGAGGUCAUUGAUGUCUAACUUUGGUGUUCAGAUUGCCCAAAUUCUAACCGAAGUGCUCGGUCGCAAAAUCAUUCACAAGAACCUCUCACGAAAGGGGCUCGAGGAUCGAUACGUAAACUACGGCCUGCCGCAGGACUACGCGGAGAUGAUGGGUGCCAUGGACACGAGCAUCAAGAAUGGGAGCGAGAACCGGACGAAUAGCGUCGUCCUAGCAGUGACUGGUAAGCAGCCGAGGAAGCUCCGCGACGUAGCCAAGGAGCUGAGGAAUGUUUGGGUGACGGAAUCGUGA